AUGAAUUCCAAGAAGUCCAAGCAAAACCCGAAUUUUUCGUUUUGCCCAGAGUUGCCGAAAUGCAAAGAACCAAGGCAUUGCUGCAGUUUGUUCAGCACAACGGUAAGUUUUGAGAAGUUUUGAAUUUUGAAUUACAGUUGUAAAUUUUCAGACUAUUUUCAUCAUAUUAUCAAUAUUGCAUGUUAUUUGCACGAUUCCUCUUAUUGUUGUUUCGAUGUUCGAAAAGAAUGAGGUAAGAAUUAUCCGUUCAGGAGGUUUUUUGUUAAACAAUACGUUUUCAGGAUUUGAAAGAGUUUGGUGCGAUUGGAUUGAUUCUACUAUCAGCAUUUCUUGUAUUCACAUUCAUCUCAACCUAUGGAAUCAUUUCACAAAAACCUUGUUUCAUAAUACCUCAUUUUGUUUUUAUCGUAAGUUGCAAACUUUUCCGAGAUUUUCAAAAAAUCACAUUUUUUCCAGAUCCUCUUGAUUUUCUUGAUAAUUUCUCUUUCAAUUGCUGUCAAUAUUAUUUAUGCUAAUAUUUCCAUUCAAGAAAGUUGGCCUUUAUGGAUGAUUGUUGGAAUUAUCGUAUUUGUCAUGAGUUAUUAUGCAUACAUUGUAUUUUCACUUUACAAAUUCGUGAAGAACAAAAAAGAAACUGAACAAUUUAUCAGAAAUCAGAAUAUGUUUGAUGAUGUUUGUCGAGAAAUGCUUGAAGAAGAUGAAAUGUUAGAAAGGACACAAAUGGGAUAUUUUGAAGACGCGUGAGUUUUUGAAUAUUGAUUUAUGUAUUUACUUAUAAGUAAUAAUGAUCAUUAUUUUUCAGACAAUAUUCAUAUGAAUAUUAUGAAUCAUUUUGCUCAAGUGAAAGUGCAUCUCUACCAAUCACAACAUUUCAUCGUUCUUUUCACCCACGUGUUACUUUCUACGAUCCGGAGGAACCGUCUCUUUGAAUAAUUUUCGUCUACUAGUUUUAUCUUGUUGAAUAGCUAAUCUAUUAUCGAAUCCCGUGUUGAAUAAAUUAAUAUUUACUUUUUUCUGUCAAUUAAUUUGAAGAUGUUGAUUUGCAUCGUUAUGAGUACUGUGUCUAUUAUUUUUGUCUGCAAUUUCUGCAAACACCACAGGGUACUGUAGAUAAUGCACACAAUUUGACGCCAAUAUAUUUUCGUUUUUUACGCAAAUUCUGCUCUGAAAUUUCACUGUAUUUUUUUUUUUGCAAUUCGAGGGAGACGCAGACUUUAACGUGUGCAGACAAAUCUCUCGUCAAGAAAGGGAGAGAAAUAGUGUGUGGCAGACACACAUCGUGUCGAGACCAGCGAGUGUCUGCGUCUCCUCGAAAUUGCAUUUUUCUAUUAGAAAAAAACACAGUGAUUUGUUUGUUUUCGUAUUCUUACGUGACUUCUUCGAUUCCAAAUUCAUUUCCAGUAUUUAUAAAUAUGUUUCACUAUAUUUCUCGAAAACAAGGUCAGUUUUUUGUAAAAUAUAACUUCUCAGUUAUUGUAUUUCUAACUUGAUUCAAAAUAUACAACCCAAAGUUUCCCUUUUUCUUCCCAUUUUCGGAUUAAUAAAGUAUUCGUAGUUUCUCGUUUCUUCUUUUUUUGUUUGUUUUUCAUAGAAAAAUGAGUCACUGAAGCAAGUGUGCUCUAUCGCACUACAUGUUCAUUGCCUGCGUCUCCUCACUUUUUGAACAUUUUUGUGAUUUUUAAGCUUGAAAAAACAAGAAUUAUUGCUGAAAUUUAGUGAAUUACUGUUAUAACUCUAUUCAGGUUUACCCAUUUUUACUUUUACUCAUAGGAAUUCACAUUUUUCGCUCUUUUUGCUCGUUUAUAAAGCACAGAAAGUGUUUCGACAUAUUUGUUUCCAUUUUUGAAUUUUCAGAAAAAUGGAUUCACAAGGAAGAAAAGUGAUUGUUGUGGAUAAUGGAACCGGGUUUGUCAAAUGUGGGUAUGCAGGAACCAAUUUUCCCGCUCAUAUUUUCCCUUCAAUGGUUGGUCGACCAAUUGUAAGAAGUACUCAAAAAGUCGGGAAUAUUGAAAUAAAGGUAACCGUUAAUUUAGAUAUAGGAUUUAUUGAAACACCAAUAAUAUUUCAGGAUUUGAUGGUUGGUGAAGAAUGUUCUCAACUUCGUCAAAUGCUUGAUAUAAAUUAUCCAAUGGACAAUGGAAUUGUUAGAAAUUGGGAUGAUAUGGGACAUGUUUGGGAUCAUACAUUUGGCCCCGAAAAAUUGGAUAUUGAUCCAAAGGAUUGCAAAUUAUUGCUAACUGAACCUCCAUUGAAUCCAAAUAGUAAUCGCGAGAAAAUGUUCCAAGUUAUGUUCGAACAAUAUGGAUUCAAUUCGAUAUAUGUUGCUGUUCAGGUAAAAUUCAUUUGAAUUGUUCAGUUUUAAUAUAUAUUUUACAGGCUGUUCUUACUUUGUAUGCUCAAGGAUUGUUAACUGGUGUAGUUGUUGAUUCGGGUGAUGGUGUAACUCAUAUUUGCCCGGUUUAUGAAGGUUUUGCUCUUCAUCAUUUAACAAGACGAUUGGAUAUUGCUGGAAGAGAUAUUACAAAAUAUUUGAUCAAGGUAAAAAUUUAAAAGAUUGUGUUGAUUAAUGCAUUUUUUGUUCAGCUUCUUCUUCAACGUGGAUACAAUUUCAAUCAUUCAGCUGAUUUUGAAACUGUUCGACAAAUGAAAGAAAAAUUGUGUUAUAUUGCGUAUGAUGUUGAGCAAGAAGAAAAAUUGGCUCUCGAAACUACUGUUUUAUCACAACAGUAUACGGUGAGUUGUUAAAAAGCUAGACAACUCUUUCGGUUGACUGAGAUCAUCCAGAAGGUCUCAGAAGUUACCACAUAAUUUUCCUGAAUAAAUUCGAUUUUUCAGCUUCCGGAUGGUCGUGUUAUCCGAUUAGGUGGAGAACGAUUCGAAGCGCCAGAAAUUCUUUUCCAACCUCAUUUGAUAAAUGUCGAAAAAGCUGGAUUAUCUGAAUUGCUUUUCGGAUGUAUACAAGCAAGUGAUAUUGGUAAGAAUUAUUGAUUUCUUAGCAUAAUAGACUCAACAAUACAGGGUGGCCGUUAAUUACCCGCACAAAUGCAAUCUGGUCCCAAGUUUGAACAGUAAAUGUAGAUAUGAUUUCUGGUUUCAAAAAUUAUUCCCAGAUAUUGUGUUCAUCAUUUUAACAUAGAAUCUUGUCAUAUAAUUCGGUCUAAGGGUAGCUGGAAUAUCGGGAAUGAAUUUCAGAACUUCGCAUCAGGCACGCUGCUUUUUCUGAAUUAAUCGAGCUUUCUGUACCCAUAGGGAGUUUCAAAUUAUAUGUUACCGGUUCAGAAUUUCAAGAUAACCCCUAGACAUGCUUGAUUCUUGAUGGAAAUGAUAUACAAAAUUUUUGGAACAAGAAUAAGGAACAGUGAAGUGAACCCUUCAAAACGGAUUUUUCAACUCAAAAACUCAAUUUUUAUCAUUUAUCAUGUUCACCAUCGUGGUGUGAGAUAAAUCCAUGGUAUUUUCGAUGUUAAAUGUCACUAGUAGGCUCGGUUUGGCUAUGCAGAUCUCACAUUUCCCACACUUUGUAACAUUUUCCAUUUUGACCUCGUUUUAUGAAAUUUCUAUCAAAAAACGGUCAAUUUUAAAAACACGACCAGAAAUGAUCUAAAUAAUUUUUCAGAAGGUCUAAUCUCGAUAAAUUUCUUUUUUGAUACCAAAAAAACAUCAUUAAAUUCUGCUAUUAUUCUAAAAGUUCCGAAAUUGUUUCAAAUUUAUCACGCGAAGUAUGAAAAUCACUCGAAAAAAAAAGUAGCGUGCAAAAAAUCUUGUUUUUGCGUUUCAUACUGUCACGAAGAACCGCUCUAACUCGGCUCAAACAUGAAAAAUCACUAUGACACUUCGAUUAUUUACUUUAAAACAGGUAAAACUAAAUAAUUAUAAUUACGGUUACAAGUUUGGGACGUUUUGAUAAGAAUCUGAGCUGGUUCAACAAAAAUUUGGCUUGUGCGGGUAAUUAACGGCCACCCUGUAUUGAUUUUCAGACACUCGUCUCGAUUUCUACAAACACAUUGUUCUAUCCGGCGGUACUACAAUGUAUCCAGGACUUCCAAGUCGUUUAGAAAAGGAAUUGAAACAAUUGUAUUUGGAUCGAGUUUUACAUGGAAACACUGAUGCAUUCCAGGUAUUAUAGAUAGAGUUUUUUCAAAAUGAUAUCAGAAUUUGAAUAUUUUCUAGAAAUUCAAAAUCCGAAUCGAAGCUCCUCCAAGCCGUAAACAUAUGGUGUUUUUGGGUGGUGCUGUUUUGGCGAAUUUGAUGAAAGAUCGUGACCAAGAUUUUUGGGUUUCGAAAAAAGAUUAUGAAGAAGGAGGAAUUGCGAGAUGUAUGGCUAAAUUAGGAAUCAAAGCGUAAAAAAUGGAUAAACUUCGGUAUGUUGUUUUUUUUCACAUUUCAAAAUUCGAAUAUCAAAAAGAUCCGUUUCACGGGAGGAAGAUCUUAACUGUUUCUCAAUAUUUUCCAUGUUUUUCAAAGUAAUUUUAUAAAUUAAUAUUAAUUCUCCGAAUAAUUAGGCUAUGUUGAAGUUCUGUUUCUCUUCACAAAUAAAGUGUCAUUCUCAGAAUUCCAAAAAAUUUCCUGGUUGGCUGAUCAAAAACUUGUUUUUUGUCAUAGUUCCAUUUCCAGGAUACAAAAAAGUUUUGGUUUGACAUUUUUUUCAAUUUGAACAAAUAUUCAACUCUCUCCAAACAUUUAACUCCUGUCUUUUAUGAAAAUUUGACAAAAAAAAAUCGAAUUUUAAUGGCUCUCCUCCUAAAAUACUAUUGGAGUAUGAUUUCCAGAAUUUUCGAGCCCAUAUGUUUUUGAAUAGUUUUAUUUAUUUGUUUACAUUCUGUCUAUUUUAUUCGAGUUCAUCCAGUUACUUUUUCUGAAUUGGAAAAAAAGUUUUGUGAGAAGAAGAUUGAUCAUGUUUCAAAUUGUCAGAACAACUGUUUUCAGAUUUUUCAUUGAAUCCAAACUGAAACAUUAAUUUUUUUUCAUAUCUCCAGAACUUUUUGAAGUGUUUAUAAUGAUUCAAAGAAUUUAAUCAGUAUAUUUCAGAUUGCACUCACUUCCCAAUUUAUUUAUUGCUCGAAAAAAUCUAUUAA